AUGGGGUGCACAACGUCCAAAACUGUUAAAAUAAGCGAUGCAAAAAGUAUCCAAACUACACGUCCGUCACAAGAAAACAAACCCGAUGAAGAAUAUGUUGAAGACGUCGUCUGCAACGUCGCUGAUUUGAAGGAAAACGAAUUGAAAACUGUAGAUUUAGAUGAAGGAAAGGUGCUUUUAGUAAAACAAAGGGGUGUAAUUAGUGCUAUAGGAACAAAAUGCACACAUUAUGGCGCACCAUUGGUUUCCAGCGCUUUAGGAGACGGAAGAGUCAGAUGCCAAUGGCAUGGAGCCUGUUUCAAUAUCCAAACAGGUGAUAUAGAAGAUUUUCCCGGUUUAGAUUCACUGCCUUGUUAUAAGGUUACCAUAGAAGAUGAUAAGGUGAAAGUGAGGGCUAGAAAAGCUGAAUUAAUAGCCAAUAAACGAAUAAAGAAGAUGGUUAGGAGGGAUUUAAAGGAAAAUCAACGUAUUGUAGUCAUAGGAGGCGGUCCAUCAGGAGCUGUGUGUGUAGAAACGUUGAGGCAAGAAGGAUUUUCGGGAAAAAUUACAUUAGUUUGUAAGGAAAACUACCUGCCUUACGAUCGGGUAAAAGUAAGCAAAGUUAUGGACGCUGAAAUAGAAAAGUUACAAUUUAGAGGAGACCCGUUUUACAAGGAAAAUGGCAUCGAUGUACUAAAGGGAAUUGAAGCUACUGCAAUAAAAACCGAUACCAAAAUCGUUACUUUAAGUACAGGAGCCACUUUGGAAUAUGACAAAUUGUACAUCGCUACUGGAUGUAAACCUAGAAAAAUAAACAUACCUGGAUCCGAUUUAAAAAAUGUAGUUGUUUUACGGGAUUAUGAUAACGCUAAAUUUACAAAUUCGCUGUUGGCUGAAGACAAAGAAGUCGUCGUUCUAGGAGGUAGUUUCAUAGCUAUGGAAGCAGCUAAUUUUUGCCAUAAAAAAGUCAAGAAAAUUACCGUGAUUUUUAGAGGCGAUCUGCCUUUCCAACCGUUCUUAGGUAAAGAAAUUGGAACCGCCGUACUGCAGCUGUUCGAAUCCAAAGGAAUACAUUUCGUAAAGCAAAGUGGGAUAACCGAAAUCAAAGGCGAUAAUGACGGAAAUGCGGCAGAAGUAGUUUUAACUGAUGGUUCAUUAUUACGUGCUGAUUUAGUAAUAAUGGGAAUCGGUAGUACCUAUGCGACGGAUUUUAUAAAAAAUUCUGGAGUCGAAAUGCGUCCCGACGGAACAAUCGAAACCGACGAAUAUCUUCAGACCAACGUACCGGAAGUGUUUGUCGGUGGCGACAUCGCGUACGCUCCUGUAUGGUCGCACAAUAACCAGAAAUCGGCCAUCGGGCAUUUUCCGUUGGCCCAUUAUCAUGGAAAAAUUGCGGCGCUGAAUAUUUUGGGAAGGAAAACCGCAUUAAAAGCGGUGCCUUACUUUUGGACAAUGCUGUUCGGAAACGGACUCAGGUAUGCCGGUCAUGGUGACUAUGACAACAUAAUAUACGACGGAGACGUUUCCAAAUUCAAAUUUGUUGCAUUUUUCUUGAAGGAUGGCGUCGUGGUCGCUGCAUGUACUUGUGGUAGAGAUCCCGUUGUUUCGCAGUUUGCUGAACUUUUGGCGCAGGGAAAAACGUUGACGGAAGAUGCUCUUAAAGAAGAUCCUUUAGCCUGGACGAAGGAUGUUGUUCCUAAUUAA